UGGUCAUUUCAGUUGUAUCAGCUCAGUCGAACCAAGCGGAUCGGCACAGAAUUCACACGCUGCGAGAAUUUGGUGCGCUUUGCGGUCCACCACGGAGAAGUCUUCGAAGGUCAAAAGGGAAACCGAGUGCGAGAGAAUAUUGUUUCAAAAUUUGCUGCUUUCUCAUGCAAGUUCGCAUGUGCGUGCGCAUAAAAUUCUGCUAAAAUAUAGCUAUUUUUGCAAAGUGUCAUGAAAUUUUCGAACAUAACACACUGCCUACUGUGUCUAGAACUGUAGUGAUUCGUAACAAAGUACCUCCAGAGAGCCUUUGAAAAGUGUUUAUUUUACUGUUAAAACAUUGCAUUUGUUAACCAUGGAUAGAUCAAUAUUGCAAAAUCAGCAAAAUUCAAGCGCCGAAACAACUUCAUCGAACGGCGAAGACAACGUUGACUACGCCAUAUCGAACCUGAAACUCGAAUCCAAGUUGGCUGUGCCAACCAACGGUAACGGUAACGCUAACAACUGCGAUUUCAUCCCAAUAUUUGUCUCAUCAAGACAACGGAAACAGCUGAAAGAUAUUGAUCCGGAUGGGAGUGUAGAUAUAAGGAAAUUGAAUAUGCGACGCAACACCAGUUACGGGAAGAUGUCCACGGAUACUCCCGAAGCGAAAGUUUUGGUGAUUUACACGGGAGGAACGAUCGGCAUGAUGCGGAACGAGAACAACGUACUGGAGCCACGCCCGAAUGAGCUUAUCCGGAAGAUUCGCAAGUAUCCGAACAUGCAUGACGACGCAUACGCGAGUAAGCGGUUCGGUCCGACCAAAAAUAUGGCACCACUGGUACUACCGUACGUCGAAGGUCAGCAUCGCCGAAUUCUGUAUCAAAUAUGCGAGUACGAGAAUCUGUUGGACUCGUCCAAUAUGGGCACUACGGAUUGGGUUCAUAUCGCCACCGAUAUUCAACAGUCGUACGAGUUCUUCGAUGGCUUUGUGAUAUUGCACGGUACGGAUACGUUGGCCUACACCGCAUCGGCUCUGUCGUUUAUGUUUGAAAACUUGGGCAAAACGGUGAUAAUUACCGGUUCUCAGAUUCCAAUUUUCGAAACUCGAACCGAUGGAAACGACAAUUUUACUUCGGCACUGAUCCUAGCAGGAAAUUACAUAAUACCGGAAGUUUGCGUAUUCUUCAAUGACAAACUUUUCCGCGGCAACCGAACGAUCAAGGUAAGCAGCGAGUCCCUGGACGCCUUCAACACACCGAACACCGCUCCAUUGGCAAAGAUGGGAAUUAACGUGGAAGUUGACUAUCGGUUGAUCUUUCGACCAUGUACGAUCGAAAAAUUCUCUGUCCAUACGCGGCUAGCGGAAAACGUUGGUUUGCUACGGCUGUUUCCGAGCAUUUCAACAGCUGCCGUCAAAGCGUUUCUCAAUCCUCCGAUGGACGGAGUAGUUCUGCAGACCUAUGGUAGUGGGAAUAUUCCGAUCAACCGCUCGGAACUGGUCGAUGCGCUCCGGGAAGCUACCGCCCGGGGAGUGCUGAUUGUUAACUGCACUCAGUGCAGUGAGGGAUCAGUUUGCGAAUUGUACGAAACCGGAAGACUAUUGCAGGAGAUUGGCAUAAUUCCGGGAUACGAUAUGACACCGGAAGCGGCACUAGCCAAGCUUUCCUACGUGCUAAGUAAGGAUGAUUGUAGCUUGGAUAUAAAGAAAAUGAUGAUGAAAAACAAUCUGCGAGGUGAGUUGACAUGUGAGAAGACUCCGGAAAUGCAAGAAUACGACCUAAUCGAAGCUGUUGCCAGAACACUUCAGCUUAAUUCAACCAAAGAACUAAAUCAAUUGAAGUCGUCCCUUUUCCCAGCAAUGGUGAAUACGGCCGUUGUCUCGCGUGACGUUGGUAAGCUCAACACUUUGAAAGGUUAUGGUGCCGAUCUAUCGGCGGAGAACUACGAUCGCCGGGCGGCACUUCACGUUGCGUGUUGCGAAGGUAAUUUCGAAGUAGUCCAAUUUCUACUGCAGAACGGUGCUGCCAUCCAUAUUCGAGAUCGGUACGACCGAACGCCUCUAAUGGAUGCUAUUCUGAACGAUCACCAUCAGAUCAUUCGCCUCCUGAUCAAAUGUGGAGCCCACCUGACCGGAUCGAUACGUGCUAUCGGAGACAGUUUAUGCAACGCUGCUGCGAGAAACCUAAUGACACGACUGGAAUCGUACCGAAUUGCCGGAGCCGAUAUGUCCCAGGAAGAUUCCAGUGGUCGAACGGCACUUCACGUUGCGGCCAUGUAUGGGAACAUGGAAAUUGUUAAAUAUUUGAUUCAGAACUACGCAGAAAUCGAUGUUGUAGAUUAUCUUGGAUUGACUCCGUUGGAUUACGCAAUAAAAUUGAAGAAUCAAAAGGUGAUCGAUUUUCUGCUCAGCAAAAGCGCAAGGCGGGGUGAAGAGCUAGACGAAGAUGACGUCAAAAGACCAGAGCUUCUUGAUUCGUUCGAAAUGUAGUUCAAGUCGACGAAAAAUUAUAUUAAAUCGAUUCUAUCUCUACAA